UGCGAGUGUCGGCUGGCUUGACCGCAGUUAAAUAUGUGACGUGUGGGUGGAGCUUUGGAUUCAGACCUGCUGGACCAGCUCUGACUCUGAGCUGCUUCCAGAGAUGCCCCCAGUGGAAAACCGCCGUAUUGGAGAAAUUAACCUAAAUGUAUUUGUUUCCUUUUUAAAUGAUUACUAUUAUUUGUAUUAUUGUGACUGAUAUCGCGUGGACUCCAUCCCGAGUCUGAGCCUCAGUUGUUUUUUUAGGGACUUGUCUGUUUUUCGCAGACAUCACUUUCCUAAUCAUGCAUGCACGCGCCUGUAGCUGUGUAGACUUUUUAUUUUCAUUCUCGUACUCUGAGCUCGACCUGCAGCUUGAACACGUUUCGCCUGCACAGGAGUCGGUCUGAUGUUGCUGCUGUGAAGAGAUGCGACUGCUCUGUGUGGAAAACUUGCUUUAAGUUUCUCUUUAUGGCGUUUCAACAUGUCAGCCUCUAACCCGAGGAACGAGAGCAACUAUGGGAUCUAUUUCGCAGAAGCCUCCAAUGGAUCUAUCCUUGUGUUUCCAAACGACAGCUUCUCGACGUGCAGGAACUUCACCCUGGACUCCCGGGCUGUCGGGGUGGGGAUCUUCCUCUCCGCUUUUAUUUUGGUGGCAAUCAUCGGGAACAUUUUGGUCAUCCUCUCUGUGGUGUGCAAUAAGCACCUGCAGACCGUCACCAACUUCUUCAUCGUGAACUUGGCCAUGGCGGACCUGCUGCUCAGCAUCAUCGUGCUGCCCUUCUCCGCGUCUCUCGAGGUGCUGGGGUGCUGGGUGUUUGGCCGGGUGUUCUGCAACAUCUGGGCAGCGGUGGAUGUGCUCUGCUGCACCGCGUCCAUCCUCAGCCUGUGCGUCAUCUCCAUAGACCGGUACAUCGGGGUGAAACACUGCCUCAAGUACCCGAGUAUCAUGACCGAGAGGAGGGCUGUGGCCGUCCUCGUCCUGCUGUGGGUGUCCUCCACCGUCAUCUCCGUGGGGCCGCUCCUGGGCUGGAAGGAGCCGCCGCCAGUGGACGAAAGCAUCUGCAUGAUCACGGAGGAGCCCGGCUACGCGCUCUUCUCCUCGCUUUUCUCCUUCUACCUGCCGCUCCUGGUCAUCCUCGUCAUGUACUUCAGGGUGUACGUGGUCGCCCGCAGGACUACCAAGAGCCUGGAGGCGGGCGUCAAGCGGGAGAGGAACAAGUCGAUGGAGGUGGUGCUGCGCAUCCACUGCCGCAGCGCGCUGGAGGAUGCGCGUCCUUCCAGCUCCAAGUCCAGCAAGAACCACCCGUUCAGAAGUUCGCUGUCGGUGCGGCUGAUGAAGUUCUCCCGGGAGAAAAAAGCGGCCAAAACGCUCGCCAUCGUCGUGGGGAUGUUUAUCCUCUGCUGGCUGCCUUUCUUCUUCUUUCUGCCCAUGGGUUCCUUCUUCCCAGCACUGAAGCCCUCUCAGACUGUGUUCAAGGUAGUCUUUUGGCUGGGCUACUUCAACAGCUGCAUCAACCCCAUGAUCUAUCCCUGCUCCAGCAAAGAGUUCAAGAGGGCUUUCAUCCGCCUGCUCAGGUGCCAGUGUCACCAAAGACGGAGGGUCCUUCGGCGCUUCUAUGACCAGCGAUGGCGAACAGCCGUCAGGGAAAUUUCGAGGGACCAGGGAGCAGACUAUAAGCCCGGCUACACCAUGCACGAACCCUGUGGGAGAUCUUUGUUGUGCAGGGGGAAAGGGCGCUCGCUAGAUAUCAAGAGAUGGAGUCUGUUUCCACCACUGCAAAAGUCCUCCUUCCAGCUCAAAGAGAAAGUGAACAAUCUGUCAAAUAAAAUCAAGGGAGGGGCAGGAAAAGGUACCACACCUGCCGUGGGCCGGAUUGACAUAGUGGACACAGUCUCUAUGGGGAUUUACAACUCCUGUGAGCAGAGCAGUUAUCAGUUCUAUGAUCUGGCAGAUUGCUACGGCCUGAAGGAGACUGACAUUUAGAGAGUGCCCAGAGAUUCUUUUUAUUUAUUGGUCAGAGGACCAUAUUGGACCUGCAAGAAAGACUAAACAUCUGAGAAUCAAAUGGUGAUAAUGUAACAGGCUGAGAAUAAUGGCUUAAACCCAGCACAAACACUAGACUAAAACUUUAUUUCAAACACUCAUGACCAUCAUGUUUAUUGAGAUGAGAAUUGAAGUGGACGCAAAAGUAAUAAACUGGACUUUAUUUUACAGCCCAUAAUUAACAGGUGAGACAUUUAACAUUAGCCAGUGUCAUUACUACUGUUAUAAAAGUAUUUCUUAACUUUCGUGAAGGUCUCCAUGUAUUCAAGUAAAAGCCAGUAGACAAAGAAGUGCAAUUGUUAUUGUUGUAUGAAUUAUGAAACAUUCCAGUUCUGACAAGGCAUUGUAAAGGUAAAAGGUCAGUAAAGAUGCUGCACAGUAUUUAUUUCAACAGGUGGAUUUACAAUUUGACUUGAUAUUGAUAUGUACACUUGUUUGACUAAAACACCAAUGAGUCUACUUGGACAUUUGUAAUUAGCAUUAACAUGUGAGUGCUACUGUUAAAUGAAUAUGUUUUUUUUUGUAUUUUUUGUUGUUAUAUUUAUGUCAAAUGAGUCAUAAAAUAAA